ACAACGAAAAUAAGAGCAGCUAAGAAACUUAAGAAAAAAGGCCUAACACCCGCGAUCCACUGGGUGCCUGGCCACCAGGAUAUUAUAGGAAACGAGAAAGCAGACGCGCUAGCAAAGGAGGCGACAAAGCUAGAUCCUAGCUCUAGUAGGACGAGUCUAGCUGUAAUAGGCACACGAAUAAAACAGCUAGGCGAGCGAGAGUGGCUCAGCUAUCUAGAACAAUAUAGGAGGAAGGCUAUUGCCCUCAACUCUACUACUUAUGCUGCAAGGUAUAAGUGGAAGACUAGGAAGCAGAUUGCCACUCCUCCUCUUACUAGUAGAGAAGUCUCUAGCGCCUUCUUUCAACUUAAGCUAGGCCACUGUUACCUAAGAGACUUUCUCUUUACGCGAGACAAAGUAGACUCUAAAGUUUGCCCCUGCAACUAUAGAGCUACUCAAGAUCCUACCCAUAUCCUCCUUAGCUGU